UACAGGAUAUCUGAUAUGGGCUUUCCUUAAAAUGCUCACCAUGCACUCCUUGUUCUCAUUCAUUACCAUCUCCAUCUCUCUCUCUCUCUCCACAAGAAUAACUGUAUAGUUCUUCUCUCCUUCUAUCUCUGCCAAACAUGGAAGCAUCACAUUUUUUACAAAGCAGAAGGAGCUUUGCUGCAACUCUGGCUCACUCAAGGCAUGCACAUGAACACAAUAAGCUAAGACACUGUUCGAUUGCUGCAGUGCUAACGCGGCCGGCGGAAAAUAUAAACAUAGCAACAGGCAAAAGCAGAACUAUAAUAAUACCAGCAGAUGUAGUAACUGGUGCAGAAGAAAAGAGCAGAGUCUAUAAUGAUAACUGGUUUGAUCGGAUGGCCAUUAAUCAUCUGUCUCAGAAUGUUCAAGCUGCAACAGGGUUGAAGAACAACAAGAGUGGCUUCGAAAGCUUGGCAGAGGCAGCUACAGCUGCAUCAAGAAAAUUUAAUCCAGCAAAACAGAGAGAACUAGUUAUUCAAGCUCUAGAUAGUGCCUUCCCAAAGCCUAUAUUUUCCCUGCUUAGAGCAAUACUUCCACAAUCGAAAUUUGCAAGGGAAUACUUUGCUAUCUUCACCACCAUCUUCUUUGCCUGGUUGGUAGGGCCCUGUGAGGUAAGGGAAUCGGAGCUCGAUGGAAGAAAAGAGAAAAAUGUAGUGUAUAUAAAGAAAUGCAGGUUUUUGGAGGAAACCAAUUGUGUGGGGAUGUGCAUUAAUAUGUGUAAGAUGCCAUCUCAAAGCUUUAUCAAAUCUUCCCUUGGAACUCCAGUCAACAUGGUCCCAAAUUUUGAUGAUAUGAGCUGUGAGAUGAUAUUUGGUCAGGACCCUCCAGAGCUAUCCAAUGAUCCAGCACUCAAGCAACCGUGCUUCAAACUAUGCAAAGUAAACCAGAGGCACAACACUAAUGACUGCUCCAAAUAACACUACGGGAUGCUUACCAAGGGGGAAAUAGGUGAUUUUGGAUGAAGUAUGCAAAAACUCAAGCUGCUAUAGAAUGUCAAAGAAAUGUCAUCACAACAAAGCUCAAUGCUCAAUAUGUGGUUCUUGGACUUGAAAGUUUGUUAUACAAAUUUGGACAACAGAUGAAACUUGCAGCUCCAACAAGCAACUGAAAGAUUAUGGUGUGUCAACUCAAGGAACUUGUUGAUCCUAGUUGAAACAAAUUUGUUUUGAAAAUAUGGUUCAUGAGGCAUGAGAGAAAAAAGAAUAAUAAUAAUAAUAAUAAUAAUGAUGAUGUACAUAUGACAAUUGACAAGGCAUUAUAAUUCAAAUCUUCCUUUUUUUCCCUAA